AUGACCCCGAGAGAGCAGCUGAGGAAGAUGACCACGCUGGUAGAGCAGGACGAUAAACACUGGUACAGACUCGUCAACAGCAUGUCUGCCGGAGAACUAAGACAGAGGCAGGAGAUGAUGAUGAGGAACUCGAUGGUUCUCACCCCGCAGGUUCUCGGGCAGCAGAGGCUCCAGUUUGAACCUCGUUUCAUGGACAGGGACCUGGUUCCUCCUGCUGAAAUGGUUUCCUCCUCUGAACCUCGUCACCUUGGACCCCCACUGCCCCCCCACUCCACUGUACUGACAGGAAGAGGGUUCGCAGCCCCAGGUCAGUCGUAUGGGUUCCUUCCUCCUGAGUCCAUGGAAACUGUUGCUAGGAGACAGGAGAUCCUGCACAAACAGAACAUAGCCAGGAUGGAAAUGAACGCCAUCUUGCAGCAGAAGGAGCUGGAGAACCAGCAGAAGAACCUGAUGGAGAACCCCAUGAUGUUCCAGCACGUCAAUCCCAGUCCCACCAUCUUCAGAGGACGCCAUCGUCUGCAGGACGGCCACGAGGUGUUCGACCUCCACACCAACAGCUUCCUGAUGUCGGCCGGUCCCUAUCCGCCAAUCAGCACGAUGCACCGGGAAAGAGGGCGGCGCCCUGGAAGGAGACCGGCCAAUCAGAAAUGUCCCGAGGCCACAGCGUUUCAGGCGGAGGAGAAGAACGUGGACCAGAGUCCUGGAGGAGCUUCAGUGGACGAGAAGGAACCUGAACACGAGGAGAGGUCAGAGAUCAGCACUGAUGCUAAUGCUAAUGCUAACAAACCCCACCUGGCUAAGAUGGAUGGUGAGCUAGCAGCUAGCGGCGGACGGAAGGCUUACUGUAACGGCCAAUCAGGACUCAGGAACAGACGAGAACAGACGGGGAGCAGCGACCCCAAUCUGAGCGGUGCUAACAGUGAGAAGAACGUCAGAACCAGCUGCUCCAGUCUUCAGGAGAAGUUCCUGUACCCGCCCGCGCCCCUCUCCACCCUGCCCUACAUGUUUCAGAACUCACUGCUGCCCCCUGCUCCUCCAGGCUUGUUCCUGAACCCUGAGGAGAUCUCAGCAGUAGAAGAUCUGCGCAAGUGGACGGUGGAGGACGUUUCUAACUUCAUCAGUAACAUUCCCAGCUGCUCCGAACACGCGCAGGUAUUUAAGGAUCAUCUGAUAGAUGGAGAAACGUUACCGCUGCUAACAGAAGAUCAUCUCCUGGAGACGCUUGGCCUGAAACUCGGUCCUGCUCUGAAAAUACGAUCUCAGGUGUUGAGACGAAUGGGCGGGGCCCUCUUCAUGGGGGUGAACGUACCCCUCUCUGCUCCGUCUCUGCAGCAGCCAAUAGAGAAACACUCAGAUCGAUCAUGUGAUGUGACGCCUCCUAUCACCUGCAGCACAGACGUACAGCAGAGCUCACCACAUGUGAACCAGUGUGAGAACGUUCACCAGAGCCAUGAUCAUCACCCCCCCAGCACCAGGACCGAGUCCACCUGAGACGGGCUCUCACUCCUUUAUUUAUCACAUUUUAUUUAUCUUGCUUCUGUAA